AUUAAAGUAAAACAUCAGUACUUCCAGGUCUAGUUGGUUAAAAAUGAGACGGAAACAACUGGGUCCGCUUUUCCUGCCGAAUGCGCGCUCCCGCCGCAGGGGAUACUAUUCUGCUGGGGAUAAGUACCUGCCUUUUUAAAUCCAAACUUAAUACCUUUUUUAUUUGAGAAACCUUUAAUACUCGGUAGCACCGUGGCAUUUUAUCCCAGAUUUCUAACUUUUAUUUAUUCUUUUAUCUGGUUUUGAUUUUUAUUGUAAAGCACUUUAGCUGUCUGGUUGGCUGUACUGAAGGGCCUAAUGAAUGAAUCAGUCCUGGUAAAACGUCGGCGUAAAUACGUACUAAGAGAUCCAUUGCAAAAACAUUUACUACAAAUACAAUCAUAAAGCUUUUUUAAAAACUACUUUAGCUACUUUUAAAAUACUCCUCGCCUGUAGAUUAAGUUAACAAAACAUUAUACCGACACCAGGAGUAAAUACUUUAUUUCCUGUGCGAUAAGUACACAUUAGAACUUUUUGACCUUGUUGACAAAGGGUUCGUGUCCUUGGUAACACGUUUCCGUGGCAACUAUGGAGCGCACCAACACAAGCAGGAGACGAAGACGCGGACGACGUAAAACCAGAAAAGUUUCCCCUAAAGCUCCAUCUGGCAGACCAGUAUUGCCAGAUGUUGGUGCCGAGAGUUCAGAGGAGGUGAGACUUGAACAUUGCCACCAGGGUCUGCCAGCCCUCCAUGCAGCCUGCCUUUACAGUGAGCUGGCUACAGUCCAGGUCCUCCUGGAGUCCAGACCGUGGUGGAUCAACAGCAGGGAUUCUCAGGGUCUCCAGCCCCUACACAUGGUCCUGUCCUCGCAGCGCUCCUCCAACGCCUACACCUGCCUCAGAUAUCUGCUGGAGCAAGGCGCUGAUGUCAACAUCACCACAGAUUCAGGACAAACGCCACUGCACUUGGCUGUGUCCGAGGGCCUCCUUGACUGCACAGAAAUCCUUGUGAAGGCUGGAGCAGAUAUUUUGGCAAAAGACAGUCUGGGACUCACACCUCUGGACAUGGCCCACAUCUGGUGCCACAGGAAAAUAGCAAGGUAUUUGAAACACAAUUUGUGGCAUGCUGAAAAGGAGAAAGAAAUGGAGGAGAUAAAGCUGACUCAAGUUUUAUACAAAGAUCUCAUGAAUAUGGUCAAGCAGAAGAAUAUGGAUAAAAAGGCUCUUAUCAAUGAGAAGACAGAAGAGGGGGCAAACACAAAAGGCUUGCCCCCUUUGAAGGAGUUCUCCCUCAGAGCCCAGGUAUCCAAAUACCACAAACGGUGUAUCUUACCAGAGCAGACCAGCUGUAAACCAAAACCUACCAAGGGCCAGUCACAAGGUCUUCAAGAAAACAAGGGCAUCUCCACCAUGCAACUGGCAGCCUCAUCCAACAGUCCCUGGACUGUCUUCGCUGGCCUCCAGCCAGAGAAACUCCCCACAGAGCCAGACCUCAGAGAAAGUGUAAUUGUGUGGAAGGACAGCAGCAGCCAGAGGCUUCAGUACAUCACCAAGUGGGACAGAGAGCCUCACCCCACCCCUAAACUGCCUCUAGAAGUGGUUGAAAGAGUGUUGUUUCCCAGAGCCUUCCCUUCUAGGAUCGCCACGUCACAAGGCUUUGAGCCACAGAACAUCGAGGAACUCCAACACAGAAGAUUCCCUCAGGGAAGGAGCACCUCUCCCUGGACAGAGGUGGCCAUGCACCUGGCUGAGGUCCUGGAGCUGGGACACUACUGAGCUUACUCGUUUUCAGACAAUAAAAAAAAAAUCACGUUUAAAAUCCUUUAUAAAGUUUCCAUGAAGAAAGACUGUGAUGCUUCGCCAAUAUAUGGAUAUUUCUGUUAGAACAAACUCCUUACUUUACAGUGUCACGACUUCCUAAGUUAGACACAUUUGAUUAAGAAUCUAUCAGAUUAAAUAUGGAGCCUGAGUCCAUUACAUUAAAACACCCAAAACUAUGA